CAGAAAGCUAGGUAGAUUUAAUAUUUGUGCAAGCCAUUACAAAGAAACAAAAUGGUUGCAAUCUCAAACAAGUAUCAAAGGUUUUUGAAAGGAGAGUAUGUUCCUGUGUAUAUGACUUUUGGAGGCAUAUUGAUGUCUACAUCUUUGGGAUUGUUCACUGCAAUGAAGGAACUUGUCACUGCUCCAAAUGUCAUGGUUAGCAAAAGGAAGAGAAAGGAGAUUCCUGAAGUAGAAGAGCCUGAAUAUGUUCUUGAUAAGUCUGAGGCAUUUGUAAGUAACAGCAUAUUCAGAAGAUUGGCGAAAAAUUCAGGGUCUUAUGAAGAUCUUAGAAGAAGAAUGUCUUCUGGAUUAUCUUUCACUGAUCGAGAGAGAAGAUUCUAAGUACAGAAAUAUCUAAACCAGUUGGAGAAGAAACAUGAUGGAUUGGAGUUGUAGUUGUGUUUGAAAUAGGUUUGUACAUACGGAUGGAUAUGCCAAUGGCUGUGUAUGGUAUAUGUUUGAUGAGAAUUAUAUAGACUAUGUGUGUAUGUCUCGUCUGGAGAUCAUCAGAACGAGAAUAUAAUGUAUAUAUAUCUUUCUGAAGUGAGAAUACAAUGUAUAUAUGUUUUCUUUUCACUGGAAUAAUGUGUACAUGUGUUGACUUUAAGAAACCACAAGAAAGGAUAUGCCUUUCCCUGGAAUGUAGUAAAAUAUAUUCUAGAGAUGUUUCGUUCAAGUGAUAAGGAAGAUGGUUGUGGGGU